CUACCGAGGUCUUCGAUCGAAAAAGCCGUCAUCAUUCUUUUGCUCCACUCGGUUGAGAUCUUGAUCUUCGCUGGGGGCCAAAAUUGCUGGGGGCAGGAGGCCGACUUGGUAGAGGCGGAAGGGCUUCUGCAGCACCGAGGGCACGGCGGUCAUGGCGGCGACGCCGUAGGCCCCACGGAUGUGGAUGUUGAUGUCGACGGGCGGCUCGGUCCGCUCCCAGUCUGGCCACAGGAGAUGGCCGACAAAGCUGCCACACGUGUACGCUGUGUUACGACCACAGCCAUCUGGCCCUCCCUCAUGCGUACCGCCUUCGACGAGUCCCAUGCCCAGGGCGACGGUCUCCUCGGCCAGGGGAAGCGCCACGCAGCACAUGACCAGGUGGGCAUAUUGCCUCAAGAGGCCCUUGAGAAAACCCCGCACGCGCGACAGGUAGGUGCCGGCAUCGCACCAGUACUCGCCGCCCUUGACGGCGCAUCCAGGGGACGCGGGCAGGCAGGGCGUGUGGCUGAGCAGCUUGGCAAAUGUGUGCAGCAUCGCGGCUUGGAGCUGCGCGAGGGAGCAGAUGCCUGUGAGGCGAGGCGGGGGCGGGCCUGUGGGUGUGCCGGGAGGGGAAGGGCUGAGCUGAUAGACGCCGGACACAUGCAGCCCAUGUAGGAGCCUGCAUGGCAGAAAGACAGACAGACAGACAGGCAGGCGUGUGUGGCUUCCUGUCGUCUCUUUGUGUCAAUCACACCCACUGUGAGAGUGUCUGGCGGUAUAUCAUAAUCGGCUGCAGUCGCCCUAUCCACUGAGCGGGUGACACCUGCAUGACGCACACAGCAGUCACACAAACGCGGCGAUUGAUUGCCUCGCGUCGCUCUCCCUGCGUCGACCGUCUCACCCACCCACCCACCCACCUCUGUCUGCAUCGGCUGUGGCGCCUGGUACGGGACUAUGGCCGUCCCCAUCGUCUCGCCGUGGUCGCCCUCUAUCAUCAUCGGGACAGCCUCAGCCGCCGCUGCUGCUGAGGUCGAUGGCUCGUCGUGGAGCACGUAGGUGCACUUGGCGGCCGGAUGGUAGACGGUCUUCCAUGUCCCCGAUACGUAGCUUGUAUGGGAGCGGCGUGUCUUCGGAUGGGCUUGAAAUGGCCAUCCGAUCCGCGAUAGGAGGUCCGAUAUAUCGAGGGACGACUGUACAAACACCAUCGGGGCCGCUCUGGAUCUGUGGGGGCUGGCCGACACGUGACACAUGACAAGUGACACACACACAUAACAGACAGACACAUGGACGGACGGACGGACACGUAUGCAUGUGAUGUGCAGAGAGAGGGGGAGGUGGGGUGGAUGAUGCAACCCACCCCAGCCACCCAUCAGUGACGUGACGUACCGUCUGGCACGAGGGUGUACACGAUGUAGUGACCCCUUACAGCGCUCGAACCGCUGUGCACCACAACGGCUAACAACCACAGACACAAACAGAGGGAGAGAGUCACACACACGUGCGGUGCGCAUGGCUGCCUCCUCCCAAUCAGCUCACUCACCGGUCACUUUGUGUUUGCGCCGUUCGCCGUCCCCCGCGUCGACAUCCAUGUCCGACUCCGAUGCGGGCGCCGAGCCGUUGUUGGCGGCGUAGGCGUCGAGGUCCAGGUCCAACUCCAACGGCAGUUCCACGUGGGUCUUCACCUGCAGAGACACACAAACACGCCAAUGGACGGAUGCAUGGGAUGGAGGGGUGUGGGUUGUCCCUCUCUCUCUCUCUCUCUCUCUUUCUUUGUGUGUGGGUGGGUGGGUGGGUGGGUGGGUGGCUGGUGCCCCCGUGCCCCCGUACCUUGUGAUUGGGGUCCAGUUUGCGUUCGAACUGCAGGAUGGCCACUUCCGGGACCACAGACAGACUGGUGGCCUUGGAGGCGUCACGCUUGCGCCCACAGGCCUCGCACUCGUACCUGACACACAUGGAGACAAAGAAAGAUACACACACAUGCUGUUGUGUGUCGAUUGGGUGGGUUAGGUGCCUCCUUACUGGUUGUCGCCCUGCAGUGACUCCUGUGCAAAGUACGAUUUCAUGCACUCGUCAACCGUUACGCUAGCAGACUGCCAAAGGACACGCACAGAGAGAGCUGAGAGAUGCAACAAACACAUCAACCACGUCUCGCCUGCCUCCCUCUGUGUCUGUCUGAUGGGUGCGUGAGUGUGUACAGUACGUGCAAGAAGCCCCACAUCAGCAAACAGCGACACCUGUACCCGCCGGGUGGCGAGGGGGAAGGCCCUUGCUUCCCCAAACUUCUUCCUCUGUGUGUUGAUACUGAUUGGUGGACCGUUUCAGAUAGAACGCAGGUUCCUUGUGCGUCUAUGAAGCGUCCCUACGCCUACGCCUUGAUGCUUCCAAGUCGCUAAGCUCCGUCGGGCCUGCACAAGCAGACUCCAUUCUGUCCGCCUUCUUGUUCUGGUAGUUAAUACCAUUCUACCUGAAGGAUGCUCUACUUGCGGGACCCGAGUAUAGCCUCUUCUCGCUCGCUUUCGACAACAUCCGCAAAACACCCGCAUGCCGAUCGCCGCCGCAGCAGAAAACACUUCAAAACAGGCUAUUACCGAGCCAAGCCGUGUAAAGGAAGUUUGUCGUCAGCGUCUCCCAACACUUCAACAGAAUCUGCCCGUGGGUCAAUGUAUCCCCGUCGUCGUCGUUCUGCCUUAUGCUUUCUACGGUGGUGGUGGUCGCCCAGAGCGAGCGCCAGAAGUAGGGCGGUGCAACCGUUGAGGCCACAUCCCUGGAUUGAAAUACAAGACAACAGCAGGUGGCAUCAUCAUCAGCUUGAAAGCCUGCAGGCGUCGAAGUUCUUCUUUCUCGCGGCGUCGGCACCUUACAAGCGUCCGCAAUGCAGUCGAUCGAGAACAAUACAACACCAUCGAUGAACCCGGCCAUCAGCGAAAAGUGAGUCCGCACAUGCCCCGCCGAUGACGAUGCCGUUCCCCCACGCACCUUCUCUUCAGAUUCUGAAACGAACAGAAGAGAAGACACCGAAGGCACAGGGAGGGGCUGCGGCCUGCUUCCUGUCUUGCGCUGCUUCAAAAAAGUUAUUUACGCCCCGUCUCCAGUCCUGUGAAUCUCGACAGCUACAUCAAUCCAUCUACGAGGCAACACACAGGUACUCACUUGAUGGAGGCGGGUUGGGUGAGAAGAAGGUGCGUGUGCGCUCGGCAGGCGUCAGGCAGUCGCCAGGCGUUCCACAAAAAUCCAGGGCACCGCCAGGCGAGGCCUCGUCCUCGGCGGUGAGAAAAAGGUGGCAGGUGACGCCCGGACGAGUUGGGAGGGGUAGAGGGAGAUGGGGCGGACAACACAAGCCAACAACCAGCUGAAAGGAAGAAGAAAUGGAGGAUCUGUGGCCGAAAGAAGGCCGAAGAGGCCACGUGGAGAAGAAUGUGGGAAAAUCUGCAGUAGGUUCCGCGGAAAAGCUUUUGGGGCGUCUCCCGUCUCAUCGCGCGAAAAUCUCGCCAGCUGAGCUUUCCGUCCGGGCACCGCCUGAGAGAAUCCGCGCUAAAAGAGAACCCCAUGCACAGUGACGGACGAACAUGACAAAUUUCAUCGGCACGCCAUUGUCCUUUCCGUUCACGCUUGAAAGCGGCCAUCGUUCCUCCAUACUGCGAUACAGUACACAUUCUUCCAUGCACGUGUGCUAUGGAAGAAUGUGUAAUGGCAGACAUCUCUCUCAUCUCGUAGUACAGUCCAGAUGAACGGAUGGGCGGUAGACAGAUGGUAUGGUACUGGUGUGGUAAUGGUGCGCGGAGUGUACGUCCACACACUGGCAGGCACCAAUGAAGGCACCGAUAUACGUCCAUGUAUGGCGACUGAUGACCAUGUAUUUUCGUCAGCACUUGGCACACGCACAUAUCAACAUGCAGUCGUGUCUCUAUCCACGAGUCCAUCAAUCCACGUUCCACCAUCCUCUGGAUAUGCAUCCCCCUCUCACCGCACCGCCACCACCCGCCUCGAUCGCCUGCAGGCCACAUCGCUUCGCCGACCGACCGACCAUCCAUCUAUCCAUCCAGCCAUGCUUAGCCACUCAGCCCCCUCUCUGCCCCUGCCUGGCCGGGCCCUGAUGGUGCUGCCGUCAUGGCCCCCACUCAUUGCCCGGCAUCACGCCGGAGCAACUUGCAUUACGCGCAAGGCCGCCAUGCAGCCGGCCUGGCUUGCGGCACUUCCAGCAGAUGUGGCACGAGCUGCAGCUGGCCCGCCCAUUCACCGACGCAUUCGACUUCGACGAGAUGGCUGAGGAUGGCACCGUGGCCAUGUUCAACCAGUGGACACAGCACAUCAAGGACACUGUCCCGCUACAGCCAGGCUGAGAGAUACACAUGGACACACACACACGCACACACACACAUAUAUGUAUGUAGCAUAUGAGUGGCUGCAUUGGAUGCAUACUGCUGUCCGCUUGCAGUGAUGGGGAAGUUACGGGGCCAGGCAGCCAGGCAGACAGACAGACAGGCAGGCAGGCAGAU